UUGACUGCAUUCAACGCCAACCCCCCACCAGGCCACCACUCCCAGUAGCAGAAGAAAUGGGACCGUAGGGCUAACCUAAGAGACAAAGGUGGCGUUACCUAUGAGUGAUGACCCCGGUCUGGGCAAUAACGUCGUCAUCGUCGUUAGCUGUGGUAGCCCAAAUCUUUCCCCGUUCCUCCUCUCGUCGCGAAAUCUUGCCGCGCCAACCAUCUGACUCUCCCCGCUACUUCGUUACAAUGAGCAAAGAUUCUAGUCUAGACCCCAUUUUUCACCAGAAGCGAACCCUCCGAUCCAAAGUACGCAAGGAUCUCAAGGGCAUGAAUGCUUCUCAGAGAUCCCAAGAAGAUAUUGCAAUUCAGAAUAUUGUUCUGGAAUCUUCAUGGUUCAAGUCUACUGAAAGACUAUGUGUGUAUAUAAGUUGUGAUGCCUUACGAGAAGUCAAUACAUCAAAAAUUUUGUCAGAGAUUUUAAGUGGUCCUGCUGAAGGUCAGACACUGAUCAGGAAAAAGCUCUAUGUUCCACGGGUGGAGGACAGGAAUAGCCAUAUGCGGAUGCUCCACAUAUCAACUAUUGAUGAUCUAAUUCCAAACUCAAUGAAUAUAUUGGAACCGGCCCCUGUAGAUGGUGAUGGAAUUCAACGUGAAGAUGUGGUGCAGGCUGGAGACCCAGUUGAUUUGUUCCUUCUACCUGGGCUUGCUUUUGACAGAUCUGGAAGACGCCUGGGCCGCGGUGGGGGUUACUAUGACCUGCUCCUGAAGAAAUACCAAGAACUUGCCACAGAGCAGAAGUGGAAACAACCCCUCCUUGUGGGACUCUCAUACUCGGUGCAAAUAAUGGAUGAGGGAGUCAUUCCUGUCACUCCCAAUGAUGUUCCUGUGGAUGCCCUUGUCUCUCCGGAUGGAGUGAUACCCAUUAGUUUGAGAGCCUUCGAGAGAAUGACAGAGUGAUGGUUCACCAAUUCAUCUCUUUCUUCUCAUUAGGGUUCUUACGGUGGACUUCUAAAAAAAUACAAUAAUUUUAUCUGUAACAGUUAGAAGCAAGAAUUUUGAACAUUCUAAACUAAUCAAUUCUAAAAUUCUUUAGAAACGAA